AGUUCCGCCCCGGCUCAUCCGGGGUGGUCGUGCGCCGGGGGCCCGUGCCGGUCGGCGCAUGGAACCAGAGAUGAAGGCACCUCUACUUCCAGAGAAGAAGGUGGCCGAUGUUCAGUCUGGUACAGGGACGCCCUUCUCGACAGCCCUCAACCUGGCGGCCACCUCCAUGGGCACGGGGCUCCUCACCUUGCCCCAUGUCUUCGCUUGCUGUGGCCCCAAGAUGGCCUCCGCGCUGCUGCUGGUGCUGGCAGUCACCACGGACGUGACCUUGGUCCUUCUGGUGAAGUUGGGCCGCAUGCUGGGCGUCACCACCUUCGGCUCGCUCAUGUGCCGCAUCUUCGGCAAGAGCGGCUCGCUGGUCUUUCAGCUCACCCUGAUUUCAGUGCUCUUCUUAGCGCUGACGGCCAUGCAGCGAGUGGUCCUGGACUUGCUACCCAUCUUCGUGGAAUCCAUUUGUGGUUUGAUCCCUGGCACCGUGAAGCCCCUGGCGCUCAGCAUGUUCGUGAACUUGUUUGUGAUUGCCGCCUGCUUCUCCAAGAACUACCAUUCUUUGAGAUUUACCUCUGGAGCCGCCUUGCUGUGUUUGCUGCCCUUCGUGUUGUCGCUCUGGUUCAACGCGGCGCGCAGCACUGAGCAGCCCCGUAGCACCAACGAGUCAAUCAGUCAAGAGGGCUUCCUACUGGCAUCGCCCAUUUUGGCAUCCUCCUUGGCAGGUGGCCACUUCAGCGUCAUUGACAUGGCGUCGCAGCUCCAGAGCCGCUACAAGGAGUCGAUCUACGGCGUGAUCCACGUGGUCUUCCUGGGCUUGAUUCCUUGUUGCUACGUCUCGGUGAGCUGGGCAGGCGUGGUCCUCUUUGGAGCGGACACGCCAGAGGACAUCCUAGUAGAGUUCCAGGGCGACUACAUGAUGGAGGUGGCCCGUGGCAUUCUGAGCUUUACCAAUGCCUUGCGCAUGCCUUUGAUCCUGAUGCCUCUUCAUUCGUUGGUCUGUGACACCUUUCACCUGCUGUCAAGAUCAGCGCAUGAGUCAAGCGCUCUACAGGCCUGGCGUUUGGGUGUUGGAAUGCCCACACUGCUGCUCUCCUCAGCGGCCUUGGCACAAUACCUCAGCAGCCUCUCCAGCAUUUUGGGACUUCUCGGUGGCACCUGUGGGGUCGUCGGAUGUUUUUGUGUGCCCGGCGCCAUGUAUUUGAGGGUGUCCUACACCAAGGAAGGGAAGACUACCCCCAAUGGCGCAGCUGCAGCAACCUUUGCAAUCGUCAUUGGCAUCGCGGUGGUGAUUUCCUGCUGUCUUUCAUGGCUUCAUUGAAUUCAGGAUUUUUUCAGGAGGCAACCGAAACGUCCAGGCGCUCAGGGCGCGGCAAGACUUACUGAUGGGCGCCGCGAAUCGGUGAUGGGCGCAGGCGAGAAUCAUUCGCCAACGUUUGGCUGUGGUGAAAGGUGUUGCGAUUCCUGUUG